UCUUGCCUUCUACCCCUUACCGAUUCCCUCUUCUGCAAUGGAUCGCGACACAAGCAACCAACAUCAGUAUGGAGUUAUGGAGACUGCAGACCGAAAUACUGAUUUCUCCUGCAUAACUGCAAUUCUAUCAUGUUUUGUUCUCUCAGUGAUGUACGUCGCGAGCCUCUAUGUAUGGAAUUCUCCGUACAGUAGAGAACAUCCAACUGUAAUAAAAAAAAGAUUUUUUAGUGUUUUUAUUAUGUCUCUUAUAUCUCCUGCAUUAUUGUACUUUGGAAUGAAUGAGAAAGUAUUUCAAAAGGCAACAAUUUGGGAGUUAUUGGGACUGCGGUGGCCUGGUUUAAUUCAAGCAAUUAUAAUACCAUUGUUAUUAACAAUGAUACUAUUUCUAGGCCCAAUAUGUGUACAAGGUUUCAAUGGACUUUGGAGAUUAUAUACUGAGCCUAUGUAUUGGUUUGGAAGUGUGCGAACAAUAAUAUGGUGGAGAAAUCUAGUAGUUGCUCCUUUGGCCGAAGAAUGGACAUUUAGAGCAUGUAUGUUACCAUUGCUUUUGCAAUGUUUUACACCAACUACUGCCAUAUUUAUCUGCCCUUUAUUUUUUGGUGUCGCUCAUUUUCAUCAUGUAGUAGAUAGGGUAAAAGCAGGCAUGAAUCUUAAACAUGCAUUAUUUAUAUCUUGUUUUCAAUUUGCAUUUACAACAUUAUUUGGAGCAUAUGCUGCUUUUCUUUUUGCUAAAACGGGACAUUUAGCAGCACCAUUUACAGCACAUUCUUUUUGUAAUCAUAUGGGAUGUCCUGAUCUUUCUGAAGUAGUUGCAGUUAAAGAUCCAUUAAAAAGAGCUGGUUUGUUUUCUUUGUUUGUAAUUGGAUUAGUAGCUUGGUGUUUUUUAUUAACACCAAUGACAAAUCCAAGAUUAUUUUAUAAUAAUUUAUUUUGGCAUAAAAAUUUUAUAUGAGUAUGAUUCAUUUGCAAUAAUAUCACUAAUGUUAU